CUGCUGUGGUUUAAUUCGCAUGAGCUUUCUGGAUUAUGCCUGCUGCUUUUUUUUGUGUUUCAGUUGGUGAGUAUUGAAUCACAACCUACCAAUUUUCUGAGGCGAGGAGCUGAAAAGGUUUGUGUAGAAGAAAAAAAUGCAAAUAAAAAAAUUCGACGUAUGUGGCCCGAUGCCUAAGGAAUUAGAAUUAUUUAAAAUAAAACUCUGACUGUGGCGACAUCCUUCCUUCCUUUUUCUCCACCUCUUUCGUGCUUUCUUCAACCCAGAAUUGACUAAAAUAACUACAAUAUCUGACUAAAAGUCCAACUAGUCCGUCCCUGCGUGAUUGCCAGUUAUAGUGGGGAAAAUUACCGCGUGGCAGCGGAAUACAAGUGAGAGCUAAGCGAAUGCCGCUCCCUCCUCCGAUGCGGAAUUGGUCGCUGUCCGUUGCUCUGGUGGUGCUGAAAUUUGGAUGAUGCCUAGCCAGCGAUUGCAAGGCUGCCGCUCCCUGCACAUAAAUGAAGACAACGGCCGCUUUCUGCUCCUCGCCAUCCUGAUCGUGUUGUACCUGCUGUGCGGCGCUGCAGUGUUCUCCGCCAUCGAGAGACCCUCGGAAGUGAAAGCCCACGCCCGCUGGAACAGGACACUCUUCAACUUCAGCGAGACGUUCAACAUCAGCCUGCAGGACCUGAACUCCUUUCUGAGGGACUACGAAGCCGCGAUCGCCGCCGGGAUCCGAGCCGAUUCCUUGAGACCGCGAUGGGAUUUUACCGGGGCGUUCUACUUUGUCGGGACUGUGGUGUCAACUAUUGGUUUUGGCAUGACCACCCCGGCGACGGUGGCGGGGAAGGUGUUCCUGAUCUUCUACGGGAUGCUGGGCUGCGCGGGCACCAUCCUGUUCUUUAACCUCUUCCUGGAGCGCAUCAUCACGCUGCUGGCCGUGGUGAUGAAGGCGGUGCAGGAGCGGCGGCUGCAGCACAGCGGCAUCCUCCCGCCGGGCCUCCGCCGCGACUUCACCGAGAGCAGCCUGCCGGGCUGGAAGCCCUCCGUCUACUACGUGAUGCUGAUCCUGGGCCUGGCGGCCAUCGUGCUGUCCUGCUGCGCCUCGGCCAUGUACUCGCCCGUGGAGGGCUGGGCCUACGUGGACUCACUCUACUACUGCUUUGUCACCUUCAGCACCAUCGGCUUCGGCGACCUGGUGAGCAGCCAGAGCGCCGCCUACGAGAACCAGGGCCUCUACCGGCUGGCCAACUUCCUCUUCAUCCUGUUGGGCGUGUGCUGCAUCUACUCGCUCUUCAACGUCAUCUCCAUCGUCAUCAAGCAGGUGCUCAACUGGAUGCUCAGCAAGAUGAACUGCCUCUGCUGCCAGCGCUGCCACAAGGCAAGCGCCUUCCUGGGCCGCCGCAACGCCAUCCGGCCCGGCUCGCGGAUCCGCCAGGGCCGCUUCGCCCGGCCGCCCGACUCCGAGGGGCCCUACGACAGCGACGCCGACGGCCGCCGCCUCUCCGGGGAGAUGAUCUCCAUGCGGGAGCUGACCGCCUCCAACAAGGUCUCCCUGGCCAUCAUGCAGAAGCAGCUCUCCGAGUCGGCCAACGGCUUCCCCAGGACGGUGUGCGGGAGCUCGCGGCAGAACGGGUUCUCCGGGGGUGUGGGGGCCCUCGGCAUCAUGAACAACCGGCUGGCAGAGACCAGCGACAGCAGGUAG